GCAGUGUUUUUAUCCUCUCUUGUUGGCGAAAUGAAUACACAGAAAAAUUCCAAUAAUAUUACGGAACGAGCGGAUGUCACGAGUAAGCGUACAUUACGACAUAAUCAGGAAACGGACAAUCCUUGUUACAAGGAGCAUCUCCUGUCUCUAAAGUGCCUCGAUUCUAACCAGGCAGAUCGCAACUUGUGCGAGCCAUACUUCCUCAAUUACAAGAACUGUAGAAAUUUUUGGACUUCCAUAAAAACCGAUCGCAAAUCUAAGGGCAUUAAGCCGCAUCUGCCGCCUCCAGAGGAACGUGCCAAGAUAAAAGCUGAAUUCCUAAAUUCUAGAUAGCAAUACGCGCGCGCGCGCAUACACACACCUUGCUUUGUAAAAAUAUCUUUUAUUCCGUGAUAUUCUUCGGUGUCUUGCAGUAUUACAUUACACUGUAAUAUAUUACGUACGUAUAUAUAUAUAUAUGUAUAGUCCAACAAAAUUUAUAUAUAAGCUUGAGAAAACUUAUUAAAUUCACAAAAGAAA